AUGGCUGACGAGGCAAGUCGGCCUUUGCUGGAUGAAGAGGGCAGGUCCUCUUCCGACCUGACCCCAGGUGCUCAUCAACAACAUCGGUCUUUUGUGCUGUCCUCUGAAUCCACACCCCUGCUGCGUCGUGAUGAUCACUUCACCCUUUCUAGUCGGUCCGAAUCCACCCAAUCUCAAUCUCAUACCACGUUUCACGGAACAGAAUCAAGACAAUCUGUAGCAUUUGGGACAGAGGCAAGAUCAUCUAGAUCGGGACAGAGAUCUUAUAGAUCAGGAGAAAGAUCUUCUGGGACAGAUGGAAUAGCUUUUGGGGCAGAUGGAAUAGUUUCUGAGACAGGAGAAGCGUCAAACAGCACCGAAGAAAGAUCCCAUGGAAUACAAGAACAAUCUUUUGGGUCACAAGAGCAGUCCUAUGGGUCUCAAGAUAGAUCAUAUGGCACGCUAGAAGGAACAUACGAGACCGGGGAAACAUCGCGUGGAGCAGGAGAAAGAUCUUACGAGACAGAAGACAGGCAAUCUAUAUCGCCAUCUAUUGUGUCUCAUGAGGGAGGGUUCUCGAAUGCGCCCGUUAAGAAGAGCCGGGUACGAUGGCCAACAAUAAUCUCACUUGCACUAUUAACUACUGGGGUCUUGGCUAUUCUGGUCUGUGCAUUCGCCGCGCCGGCCGUGAUGAAAGAGUAUGGACAGGGGGCUGCUGUCUUUAAGCCUGGUACACUUUCCAUUGACUCGACGACUCCUGAUGGGGUUCGUGCCCGAGUUCAAGGUGAAUUUGUCAUGGAUUCGAGCCGCAUUCAGAGUGCAUCGAUUAGAAACAUCGGCCGCUUCAUGACAUGGAUCGCAAAAGAGGUCGAGACAGGCGAGUCCGAACUCGAGGUUUACCUACCGGAGUAUGGAAACGUGUUGAUUGGCAACGCAACGAUACCGAACAUCAAACUGAACAUUCGGAACGGUCAUCACAAUAAGAUUGACGUUUUGACGGACUUGACGGCUGGAGACGUUAAGGGAAUUCACGCGAUUGCCAUGGACUGGGUAGAAGGUAGAUUAGAUCGUCUUCGAGUAAGGGGAAAGGCAACACUCCACUUGAAGUCGGGCCUGAUCGGGCUGGGAACUCAAGUUAUAACAGAUACAGUCACAUUUGAAGGUGGGUACAUUCUUCAAUUAUCAAUUAUCAGGUUGACUAAUUUGGAAGUAGAACAAGACUUUCCACCGUUGCCAGACAUCAAGGUUGUUCAACUAAACGUCCACGAUGGCGAGAACAGGACCAUGGAAGUCGAUGCUUCAUUAAAUGCAAUGCUCCACUCGCCGGUUUCCCUGACAAUUCCUGCUCUUGGAUUCGAAAUACUCGUACCCAAUUGCUCGCCGGGAGACCCUUAUAUUUUGGCGGCCAAUGCAGAGACGGGUGCAAUCAAUAUAGAGCGCAAUGAAGUCACCAAUGUGAACUUUACAGGCGUUGUAAAGAGACUUCCUGAUGAGCUGGUUACCGCCUGUCCUGGCGAGGAAGCCUCUCCACUGGACUUCUUGGUCUCCAGCUACAUCAAAGGACUGGAAACAACACUAUAUAUCCGUGGAGCAGAUGCGCCAUCAUCAUCUGAAGCUCCAGACUGGAUGGUGGACCUUCUUCGCAGCGUCACCAUUCCUCUACCUUUCACUAAUACUGCGUUGGACAAUCUGGUGAAGAAUUUCACUAUGUCCGAUACGCAUUUCUCUCUUCCAAACCCAUUCGCUGAACCCGGCAGCCCAGAUGCGCAGCCCACUGUUUCUGGGGUCGUGAAUGUUCUCAUUUCACUUCCAGAGGAAAUGAACCUUUCUGUGGAAGUUCCUCGUGUCCGAGCCUUGACAGAUGUCUAUUACUUGGGCGAACAGCUCGGUAACCUGAACAUUGACAAAUGGCAAGAUGCUAACUCCACUAUAGUGGAAGAUAUAGAUGGUGACUCGGCGCUACUUGUAAAAUUUGAUAUUGAGGAUGCACCACUACAGGUGACUGAUAAUGACUUGUUGUCGAAAUUGGUCCAAGACAUGCUUUUUGGUAGCAAGGCGAUUAUUUUGCAUGUCGCUGCGAAUGUAGAUGCAAAGGUCUCAACUGGAUUGGGCCGAUUUGCCAUUCGUGGGAUCCCUGCAGAUGGGGAUGUUCCUGUGAACAUCCCGUCGGGCAAUUCUAUUGAGCAUUUGAACCCCCAAAUUGUCUCUUUAGAAGUAGGCGAGACCAAUCAAUCCUCGCUCUCUAUGUUGACUGUUGUCAACUUUACAAACCCCACGGAAUAUUCAGCAACUGUUCCAUUUGCUGAUGCCCGAGUCUUAUACAAUGGCACAGCUGUCGGCCAUGUCGUUGCGCGGAAUCUUUCUCUCGUCCCUGGCAAUAACACCAAUGCUUCCAUAGAAGUGUGGUGGAACCCACUAGGAAAUGGUGGUUUUAACGGGAUAGAAGCUGGAAGAGCCCUCAUAUCAUCCUUCAUUUCAGGCGACAACACCAGCGUCACAAUUGAAACAUACAAAGGAAGUAUUCCUGCUCUCCCAGAACUUGGAAAAGCAUUGUCCUCUAUUCAAUUUGAGGUCCCACUUCCUAAAAUAUCAACACCGGAUGACGAUGACGGUGACAGUAGCGACUCUAGCCACCCGCACUUCAUCCAAGAUGCAACGGUCCAUAUCUGGUCUUCAACAGCCGACUUCACCCUCUUCUCCCCAUUGACUUCGACUACCAUUGGGAUUACUUCCAUCCACGCGAUUGCUUUCUAUGAUGAAAACAAACCAGUCGGCCGAAUCAACUACAACGAAACAUUCAACGUAUUGCCAGGUCUAUCACAGUCGCCGCACCUUCCAGUUGAUCUGGUCCUCGGAGGAGGUGCAUAUGAUGCUCUGCGUCGAGCUUUGGGCCAGUCAUUGGCGAUGGAUACGGUGGCCAAGGUCGGAAUUAAAGUAGGCGAUUAUGAGGAUCACGUCGUUUACCGGGGCAAAGGAAUCGAGGCGAAGGUCAGAUUCUAA